AUGUUGACCAAAUUCCUCUUGUUGGCCCCGCUCUUGGCCUCGGCUUCCCUUGCCAGCGCCUCGGAUUGUCCUGUCGGUGGCGAUACGUCCAUCAUUGCGCAUACUGGAGAGUCCGUUGGCACUGAGGAAGUCGUCGAUGGAACGACAUUCUAUAUCACCAAGCCAGGGGCUGACGCACCAGACACCGGCGGUGCUGCGGUUCUGUACCUGACCGAUGUGUUUGGAAUCAACCUGACCGAGAACAGACUUCUCGCGGACUCGUUCGCCCGCGCCGGUUAUCUCACCGUCGCUCCUGACUUGUUCCAGGGAAAUCCUGCGCCAUCGGACUUGAAUGACCCAACAUUUAAUACUACUGCCUUCCUUGCCGCCCAUGGCCCAAAUGUUACGGACCCAAUCAUCGAGGGUGCCAUUACCUAUUUGCGCAACACGCUGAAUGUUACCAAGCUCGCGGUGACGGGCUACUGUUUCGGCGGGCGGUAUUCGUUCCGGUUCGUCGACCCGGCCAGGACGUUGAAGGCGGAUGUGGCGUUUGCGGCGCACCCGAGUGCCUGGGAGGAUGCCGAGGUCAGCGCGAUUGGGGCGGCCACAUCGGUGGCUACUGCCGAUCAGGACAGCCUUUUGCCUGCGUCUCUGCGAGCCGAGCUCGAGGCUCUGCUGCUCAACAUCAGCUCGCCUUACCAGGUUAAUCUGUACAGCGGUGUGCAGCACGGCUUUGGUGUUCGCGCCAACGUCUCGGAUCCGGUGCAAAAGUUUGCGAAGGAGUCGGCUUUCCUGCAGGCCGUCCGGUGGUUCAACAACUUCUGA